UCCUGUCCUGUUCUGGGAGACAAUUAAGACAAUCAAAGUAUCAGAGACAAUUUUGGACACACCGCUUUCCGCUGCUAAGAAGUUGACAAACAGACUUGUAUUUGUUUAAUAUUUAAUAAGUUGUCUUACGGAAAAUUAAAAACAAUAUGUCUGUGAGAAUAGCGGAGCUUUUUAAUUCGUUUCAGGAUUACUUAAACAGUGAAGAAGAAUUGCGCGAGAUUUUGUACAAGGUACAAACUUAGUACGAACAUUUGCAGCAUCGAUACUUUUCUUUACGAAUUGUUAAACGAUGAGUGGUCAAGUAUUUUCUGUCAAAUAUCUUCGAAACGUGUGUAUAUUUUAGGAAAUCCGUGGCAGUGUGAAACGUCUUGAAAAGUCAUCCACGGAAAUACUGAUGAUUUUACAGAACAUUCAUAAUGAUGAUAAUUUUGAGGAAAACAUAAUUGUAUCUCGAUAUUGCGUAUCAGCAAGAGAAAUAUUUGAAGAUGUGCGUAAAGAUUAUGCAAAGCUUGCGAAAGUUGUACCAAAGGACCAGUAUUACAGAUUUCAUGACCAAUGGCGUUUCGUGACACAAAAACUGUGUUUCUUAGCCUCUUUAGUAAUUUAUUUAGAAAUUAAGGUUUUGGUUACCAAAGAAGCUGUUGCAGAGAUGUUGGGAAUUAAAAAUAGCAAAGAAGAUGGUUUCCACUUGGAUUUAGAAAAUUUCUUAAUGGGCUUGCUACAGUUGGCUACAGAAUUGAGUCGGUUUGCAGUAAAUAGUGUCACAAAUGGUGAUUACAAUAGACCCAUAGAAAUAGCAAGAUUCGUAAACGAAUUAAAUGCUGGCUUUAGACUGUUAAAUUUGAAAAACGAUGUCCUGAGAAAACGUUUUGAUAGUUUAAAAUACUCUGUUAGAAAAGUAGAGGAAGUUGUUUAUGACCUCAGUAUAAGAGGUUUAAAACCAGAUCCUAAUCCAGUCAGCCAAGAAACAGAGUAAUUAUUAUAUAAGUAUAGUUUAUGGCACUAACAAUAUCUAUAUAUUAUAUAUAAAAUUAUAUAUAAUAAUUUAUAAAAAUUAUCAUUUUCAUAUUAAGCUUUAUAAAUUGUGAAAAUGUUCGUUCUUGUUAUUUCAUAUUUUUGUUUCACUAUUUGAAAUAACUAAUAACCUACAUGGAAAUUUACUUCGUUUAACAAGUUUUUAUCAUCGAUGAAUUUCUGGUAAUUCUUAGUAAAAAAUUUUGCAACAUCCUGAGGGCGAGUUACACCAGAAAUGUGUGGUGAGAUAGUGACCUGAAUGGAAAUGUAAAUUGAAAUUAUUUAAGUUGGUUUAAUAAUAUAUUUUAUAUUGUAUCUAAAACAUAGAAGAUUUACUUGUGGUAAUGUCCAUAAUUUACUAUCUUUUGGCA